GUGGCAGAUAGGUUUAAUUUAGUCGUAAGGAACACAUCGUACAUCCCGGACCCUGCCUGCAUUUGUACCACCGCCGUAAAAUUUACUCUGUAGACAUUCUCCGGAAAGCUGUGCGUGUGAGUCGCUGCACCCUGCCCGGAGCGAUGGGAGAGGCCGAGACGCGCCAGAAAUUGCUGCGCAAUGUGAAGAAGGAGGUGAAACAAAUUAUGGAGGAGGCAGUGACGAGGAAAUUCGUGCACGCAGACAGCAGCCACAUCAUAUCCUUCUGUGCUGUGGUCGAGGCCUGCAUCCUUCAUGGGCUGAAGCGGCGUAUCGCGGGCCUGCUGUGCAGUAACAAGGUCGCCGCGCUCUUUAUGAAGGUGGCGAAAAGCUUUUCGCCUGCCGAGCAGCUCUGUCACAAGGUUCAGGAGCUGGAGCAGCUCAUUGAAAACAGCAAGCAGAACAAUUCCUCACUGAGUAAUGAUCGCGGACGGCAAUCCAAGCUGGCCAACCUCCCUCCUCAAGCUCUGAAGCACCUGUGGAUCCGAACUGCCCUGAUGGAGAAGCUCCUGGACAAGAUUGUCCUGUACUUGGUGGAGAACUGCAGCACGUUCUAUGAGAAAGAAGCCAUGCUGAUGGAUCCUGUGGAUGGACCAAUUCUUGCGUCUCUCUUGGUUGGCCCUUGUGCAUUGGAGUACACCAAAGUUAAGACGGCCGACCACUUCUGGACAGACCCGUCUGCUGAUGAGCUCGUACAGCGGCAUCGCAUCCACAGCGGCCACUGCCGGCAGGACUCCCCCUCCAGAAGGCCUGCCCUGAUCCAGAAGAGACAGUCCAGUGGUAGCAUGGAUGAUCGUCCUCUCAUGUGGGUGAGAGACUACGUUGAAUCGCUCCACCAAAACUCCAGAGCCACACUUCUGUUUGGAAAGAACAAUGUCCUGGUGCAGCCGAGGGACGACAUGGAGGCCAUUCCCGGCUACCUCUCCCUGCACCAGACUGCAGAUCUAAUGACUCUGAAAUGGACACCCAAUCAGCUGAUGAAUGGCAACGUCGGGGAGCUGGACUCUGAAAAAAGCGUUUACUGGGAUUACGCGAUGACAAUUCGUCUGGAGGAGAUCGUGUAUCUCCACUGUCAUCAGCAAGUGAACAGCGGUGGGACGGUGGUUUUGGUGAGCCAGGACGGGAUCCAGAGGCCCCCCUUACAUUUCCCCAAAGGAGGCCACCUGCUUCAGUUUCUCACCUGCCUGGAGACCGGCCUGCUGCCUCACGGACAGCUGGACCCUCCGCUCUGGAACCAGAGAGGAAAGGGGAAGGUUUUCCCUAAGCUGCGAAAGAGAAGUCCACAUGGCUCAUGUGAUUCUGUGUCAGAUAAGGAAGACGAUGAAGCAACCGAUUACGUGUUUCGCAUCCUCUUUCCUGGCAAUCAGAUGGAGUUCAUGGCUCUGGAGCUGAUGGAUCAGACCGUUAAUAUGUGGCAACCGACCCCCAGAAAGUCCUCCUGCUCCUCUUGCUCGCAAAAUGGCUCUUCCGAUGGUUCCCUGCCUAAUGGCUGUAAUCAGGAAAGGGCUCCGUUGAAGCUCCUCUGCGACACCAUGAAAUACCAGAUAAUCUCCCGUGCAUUCUAUGGAUGGCUCGCAUACUGCCGUCAUCUGUCCACAGUCCGCACCCACCUUUCUGCAUUGGUCAACACCACUAUAGUUGACCCCGAUGCACCCUGCGAUGCCCGAGGAGGCCUCUCUGUGGAGGUCUGGGGCCGUUUCCUCAAGGACAGCUCCGCCUAUGAGGAGAAGGAAAUACAUAGGCUAGUGUAUUUUGGCGGCGUGGCCCCUUCACUACGCAAAGAAGUCUGGCCCUUUCUGCUGGGGCACUAUCAGUUCACCAUGACCGAGAAAUGCCGGCUAGAGAUUGAUGAGCGGAUGAGGGCCAUGUAUGAGCAGACCAUGAAGGAGUGGCAGGGCUGCGAGGUCAUUGUCCGUCAGAGGGAGAGAGAGAAGCAUGCCGAGGCCCUCGCCAGAUGUUCAUCCGGAGCCAGUGUGGAGAGAGGACCUGUGCAGCGGGACUCCACCAUCAGUACAGAUUCGUCCCUAAGUAGUAGCUCCGAGCAGCAGAAUGCGAACUCACAAAGUGAUUCCAGCAGCAGCGCUCAGGUGUUUGAAUCGGUUGAGGCGGAUCCAGUGGAGACUGGGCCCAGGGCCGAGGAAGGAGUGGCAACGCAAGUUAGUCCGGUGAAGACCAUUUUAAAUAAGACUACAGACAGUCCACAAGAUCCCUCCUGCAAGCCCUCUCCCGCAGACAUGUCUAAUCAACGCCCAGACAGCAGCCCUCCAUUAGAUGAGCCAACUGUUGCAUCUACAGCCUCGGUGCAGGAAACAACUGAAGUCUUAAGUGAGGAAACUACAGCUGUAUCAGAGCCAGUAAAGAGCGAGAUCACACCACGUGAAUCAGGAGGGGAGGACGUGAAGGACUCAGCAGCCAAAGACAAGGAUAUGAUAGAGAAGGUGGAGGUAGUUUCAGAGAGCGAGGUAGUUUCAGAGACCGGAAUCAGUGAAUCAAAAGAGACGUCCGAAGCUGAGGAGAAAGCCGAAGCAGAAGACAAAGAUACAACACAAGUCCAGUCUGGCGCCUUAAAAUCAGUCGACACAAACAUGAAUUUGAAAUCUGCUUCAGAGAACACUAAUGUUCUUAAGCUAGAAACAGAGGUUCAUAACGAAUAUUUCCAAGCACCCCCACUCGGGCAGACCUUGACCCUUCAGGCGCGCAAGAGCAAAAAUCCGGAGGAGGAGCCAACUUCUUCGUCAGCAGCAGAGAAUGAUGCUAAUCAACAAAGUGAAAAGAUGCCCGAGACCUUGUCCGAAAACAAUCCGUCACUAAUGAUCACAGCCGGCACCGCAGAGUCAGAGAAAAAGGACGCAGAGGCAACGGUCUGUGACUUUCCUGAGAACAAAAAAGCUGCAGAGAUUACGUUUGAGAAACCUGGGUCUAAUUCUCCAGUGAGGCAAGUACUGAAUGCUCUCCAGUCAGCAUCAAGGGGGAGCCUGUCAUUAUCGUCUCGGCAUUCUCCAGACACAGCGGAUUCAGACGACUCUCCUUCUGCCUUGGAAAUGGAAGACAUUCCUGCAGGGAUAACAUGCGUGACCUCUGAGGAUAUCAAAGCCAGGCCUUUGGUGGGCCUCGCUGCACCCCCUAUCUCUCUGGCACAAAGGGAGAAAAUGGCAUCUGAGGAUCUCGUCCUAGACCACCAUCUGGACACCAGUCCUGAGGGCACUGACUUGGGCCUUUCGGAAGAGGAGCCCGAGAUGGAGAACGCGCUCACGGAACCGGAGUCUGCGGACGCGGGAGGAGACGCCAAAUACGAGGAAUCCUCAGAGGAGCAAACCUAUUCCCAAGAAACCCUGGAUAUGUACUUGAUCAACUUGCACCGCAUUGACAAAGACGUGAGACGUUGUGACAGAACCUACUGGUACUUCACCCCCGAGAACCUCGAGAGGCUGCGCAACAUCAUGUGCAGUUACGUGUGGCAACAUCUGGAUACGGGUUACGUCCAGGGCAUGUGCGAUCUCCUGGCUCCUCUUCUGGUUAUUCUAGAUGACGAGGUUAUGGCGUUCAGCUGCUUCACUGAACUGAUGAAGAGGAUGAACCAGAACUUUCCUCACGGGGGUGCCAUGGACUCUCACUUUGCCAACAUGCGCUCUCUCAUCCAGAUCCUGGACUCCGAGCUGUUUGAGCUGAUGCAGCAGAACGGAGACUACACGCACUUCUAUUUCUGCUACCGCUGGUUUCUCCUCGACUUCAAAAGAGAAAUGGUGUAUGACGACGUGUUCUCUGUGUGGGAGGCCAUCUGGGCGGCGAAGCACACCUCCUCCCAGCACUUUGUGCUCUUCAUCGCUCUGGCGCUGGUGGAGAUGUAUAGAGACAUCAUCUUGGAAAAUAACAUGGACUUCACGGACAUCAUCAAAUUCUUCAACGAAAUGGCCGAACGACACAACGUCCCGCAGGUCUUGAUGAUGGCCCGAGAAUUGGUCCACAAAGUGCAGACUCUCAUAGAAAACAAGUGAUUCACUCUGCCGAUGUCUGACACCCACGCUAAACCGCUUCAAAGAUACCGACACAUAACACACACGCGCACACAUUCAAGAGGAAACUUCACAUUGUUUACGAAAAGCAUCGUAUGAUCGUACGGCGACAUCCGAGCAGACACCUGGUCAUUAAAGCUGUCCAGUAUUUCCAGAUUGUUGUGUGACGACUCGUCUCCGGUUGCUCCUCUCCCUAUAUUCAGGAGACGCGAUCGUUGCCGGCGAAUUUAUUUUGAAAGUGUUAUUGUUCACCUCGUGAAUGUACCCUCGUUGAAACUGCUUCAGGAUGUUCUUUAUUUUGCCUUAAAUGUAGCUGUUUUUUCAGGGAUAGGGCAACCAAACUCUUCACUGCAUUGAUAUUCUUCUCGUUAAGUUCUACAUCUUGUGAAACACUUGAAUAUAUUUUUACUAUUAUUCUUCUUAUUAUUAUUGAUAUUAUUUAGCUGAAAUUGUAGCUGCCAUGGUUAAACAUGUUGUGACUCACUUGGAUAUACAUAUGCUCGGGUUGGUCAACGCUCGGUCGAGCACAAGUAGUGCGCGGCCGCCGGCUUGAGUUUCAGUAGCCACCAUGAGGGCCACUCGUUGGCCUCCGUUACCUUUGACAACCCUCCUCAUGCCUCUCAUGCACACGGACGUGCAGAAUACGCAGGCCUGACCUGCCCAGCACGGCUGCACAUCACGGUUUGCAUAUGAAGCAUCACCGUAUCCUCUGGCACUGCAUGCUCUCCUUCUGUCUCCGAGCUCCUCUAUGCAUUGACUAACAUGCGGAUCAACCUGCUUGAGUUCCUCAUCCGAUUUCCACGUCACAUUUCAGUUCAGAAACUCAAAAAUCGGCUUUGUCUAGAUGGUUUAUGCAGACAUUCGGAUCAGUCUUCUUCCCUUAAUUCCCACGAUGCUGCUCAUGCUGAACACUUCAGCUGCUGAUCGUCAUGAACCCGACGCGGCGCUAACAACAGCUUCCAUGCAACACUUUCAUCUGGUGGUGAAGUCCAGGGGGGAAUAGAGUGAUAGCAGUGGGCUUCCUUUGCAUACUGCACUUCCCUCUUUCACUUUCAUCUUAAGAUCUGUUUAAAACAAGAAACGUUUGUGACCUAAGACAGAAGCACGUUAGUUCUACAGCUCCCGUUACAUGCCAGUACCGUGGAAACUCUUGGAAGUUAAAGGUCAAUAUUUUAUUGUGGCUUUUCUGUAAUUGCAUAACUGAGAAAUACAAGUUAACACACUAGGCAGAUUUUAGACGAUUUUCCGAUUACCUCUGUCUCAAGGAGAUGUUCAAGAACAUGGUAGCAAUACCAGAAACAUGCUGCUACAAAAAAAAAGGAUCUGUGUCAUCACCUUCAGAUUUCUGCUCUCUCUUGCCCCCACCAAUCCCGGCAUGCCUCGUCUUUAACACACCUUCGUCUCCUUCUGAUGCCAAACCCUUUUGCACAAACAUUUCCAAGCCUUUUUCUUCACUAUUUCCACGACAUCACCACAACUGCUCACCACUUAAGCUCUAACCUUCUGUUUGAGGCUGAAGUCAAUAUUAGAUUGUUUUUUUUUUUGCCAUUUCUCUUACGACGUCUUUGAUUUAAUUCCCUGCGAAAUGAGUUUGUGCCCAGGACACAGCCUCCAGCACGACGGGUUCCCCUCAGUUAAUAAUUUGAAACAGCAGUCAACCCGUGCUCAGUUUGAUCCAGUGCCCUCUGGUUCCUUGGAAGGUUCACAUAGCUAAUGCACUGCACUGCAGUGAAGGUCAGACUUGUCAGCCACAUCUGCUAGGAAAAUGUGAAGCUGUCGUACAGCUUUCACAGCCGGGUAGAAACCAGAUAAUCGAUGUUUCACAGUUAAAUGAAUGGUUUAAUGGUUGCCGGUAGUUUGUAGCCAUGUAGAUACGGUUUUGCCGCGCAGAUUUUGAGAUAUGCAUCUGACUUUUCUGUUGCUAAUCCACUGUAGUUGAAAUGAAUGUUGUGUCUUUAAUUGCGACAUUUAACGUCAGUGUGGCUUUCCCAAAACAAAUAACUUGCAGCCCUCUCCUGGGAUCGCACUUCCAAAGAAAUCCCAAGAAUGUCUGUGAUUCUGAUCUGUUUGGGAGGUAGAUGAAUAUCUCAAAAACUCAGCAGGUAAACACCAUCCUACACACAAGGGUAAGUCAGAAAACAUAUGUAAGUGGUGCCACUCGCAGCUGCAAAAUAGCCAAAACACAUCCGCGUUUGGUUCACCGUGGCUUGAACUCCAGUGUUACCGCUACCACAGCUAAUGCGUCUCCAUAUGAUCUUCUAAAACAUGAGUAUUGCUGUUUGUGUAUUGCUGUUUGUUGUCAGAAGAUUUACAGUAUACGGUGUGCUAAAAAAGACUUACUGUACAAAAAAAAUUAAAAAUAACUAAGCUAGUACAUAUUUAUUAAAUGCAAUACAAUGUCUGUAUAUGGGCUUUGUCUGAUUAUAACGAAAAGAAAGGUCAAAGUAUGCCAUCGGAAAUAAAUAUAUUUUUUAUUUUUUUCUGUGUCUUCUAAAAUGGUCACUAAGUAUAAUUAAUUUAUUGUGUAUUAAAAAUCUUAUAUUUUGCA